AUGGGCAAUGAUUCUUCAGCUGAUGAACAAGAAGAUAGAGAAUUGGUGCUCGGAAAGGACAAGUUGAUUGAAUUGGUUGCUAAAGAAGAUAGUCUGGUGGCGAAGUUAGCAGAGCCAGAGUUGCAAGAUUUGAACCUAGAAGAAUUUGAUUAUGCUAGGGAAUUCUAUGAUCCCUACAGGAAGCUCAAGCAAGCUAUGCCUAAGGCAUAUGAGGGACACAAGCCUAGACUGGAGGAUUUUGGGGCUAACCUACAAGACAAUUUUGAAGUUGUAGGAGAGGGCUCUCAGGAGAAAGAGGAAGUAAUAGAAAUAAAUGAAGAUGUGCCGACUCAACCUCCUCCAACAAAUAUAGUGAACAUUCCAGUUACCAACGCUCCUGUACCACCAUUACUUAAUGUAACCAAAGGGAAGCUGGGGAUACAAGGGUUCAUGUCUAGCACUAAAGAGGUAAUUAUUAGAAAUGUAGAAUCAGAUUCAUAUCAAGAAGAGGAUCAGCCCGAGCAACAUAGGCCACUUGGGGAGGAGAAAGAACAAGAUGAGGCAAAAGAUCUUCUAAACGAGAGAUUAGUCUUAACUCCUCAAGACCAAGAGGACCUCUUCAAAGACAUAGCUAUCCAGAAAGGUGGAACAAAGGUGGAAGAAGAUGAGGAGAUAACAUUCAAUGAAGCAGUCAACAAUAAGUUGGGAGAGUUGCACAAGAAGCAACAUCUGAAUACUAAUAUUUCUCUCCAAAUGAAUUUGGCCCAUCAAGUCACUUCACCUCAUGAUCUUGAAGAAACAAAUCCAGAAGAGAGGGAUGAAGCAAAGGAACAAGCAGAGGUGCAUAUUGUAAUUGCUGACAUAGUGUCACAUCAAGGUGACAAAGAUCAAGACAUACCACAUUGGCUCGAAUUUACUUUUGAGAAGAAGAAUAGAAAGGAAGACCUCCCUAAGGUGACAUUGCAGAAGCUAGAGAUACAAGGAUUCAGGUCCAACACUGAAGAGGUAAUUAUUAUAAAUGUAGAAUUAGAUUUAGAUCAAGAAGAGGAUCAACCCAAGAAACAUAGGCCACUUGGGGAGGAGAAAGAACAAGAUGAGGCAGAAGAUCUUCUAAAUGAGAGAUUAGUCUUAACUCCUCAAGACCAAGAGGAUUUCAAAGAAAUAGUUGUUGAGGAAGGUGGAACAGAGGCGGAAGUAGAUGAGGAGAUAAAAUUCAAUGAAGUAGUCAGUGACAAGUUAGGAUAUUUGCACAAGCAGAAACAACGAAAUACUAAUAUUUCUCUCCAAACGAAUUUGGCCCAUCCAGUUGCUUCACCUCAUGAUCUUGAAGAAACAAAUGCAAAAGAGAGGGAUGAAGCAGAGGAACAAGCAUAG